AUGCAGUUGGAUGAAAUGUAUCGUAGACAUCGAAAGACCGAAUCGAAAGCAAUUCUUAUGUGUCGUAGAUUUAUUAUGUUCAUAAUUAUUGCUCUAUUGGCCGGAUAUACGAUUCUCCUUAUAAUUAAUAUACUCAAUGACAUUCCGAUACUGAAAACACAGUCAAGAACGGAGAGCAGUCUUAGACUUCCAACAGUAAAAAUAGAGUUUGACUACAAAUUCUUCAUUUUCUGUGCGCUGGGCUAUCAAAAUGGAACAACCUCACCAAUUAAAGAUUGUAUCAAUUAUGUCUCAACGCCUACCGUUGACCCAAUUACUAAAAAGUACACGGCGUGGGUCAAUCCUCCACCUGAUUUAAAAGUAGUGGGUCCAGUCGAUCCAAAUGGGCUAGGUUCACUCGGGAUAUCUUAUGGCGUACUUGAUCCAGCAUACAAUAGCAGCAGCCCCAUCAUGAGUGUUUUUGAAGCAUACAUACAAUAUACGGAUAAUUCAUAUACUCAACUCCUCAGGACAGUCAGAAAGAGCGAACCAGAAUUCUUCAAUUCUCUAUUGACGUCGGCAGUACAUAACCUAUUUGAUAGGCAAAUAUACGUGGUGUCAUACACUCAAAGUGAGAGACAAAUACUGAAAAAAAAUUUGCUGUCUGCUUUUGGCAUUUCGACCGGCACUCUUCAUGUACCUUACAUCACUACCGAGUUCGAGAAUGGACCAUUGCCUGCUGGUGUUGUUGGAAAUGGAAUUAUAAUGAUUAAACCUCAGACCUUUGUUGUUAAUGUUGAGAUCGAGCAAAGGUCAAACACGGUUCUCGGUGCAUUUGGUUUACUUGGUGGUAUAUGGAGCAUAGCUGUGGGAGUGUAUGCCUUUCUAUUAGGAGGAGACGCAAUAAAUCCAUGGGGUUGUGUCCAGACUUAUUGCUGCUGUUUCAUUCGAUCAACACGUUCAAAGCUACAUGAAUCAUUCAAACCAGUCGUUCCGUUUCAAUUCUCUAAAGAAUCCUCUGAAGAAUCGCCAGAUUCAUCAUCCCAAUCAGAAAAUACAACAGAAUCAACAGAAUUAACAGAAUUGCAAAACCGAUUAAACGCAUUGGAACAGUUUAUGCAAGACUAUGUAGUCGAUAUAGCAUAUUUAGAUGGGUUGAAAGAGAAUGAAUGUCCAGGUAAAAUAAGCGGUUGGCUGUCACGUUUAAACUUGAAGAAAAUGGGCAGACUAAAUAGAGCGUCUGGCGGUGGGAACGGAAAUGAAGCCAACGGAUUUAGCACAGAAACAACGCCGGAAAUAAUCCAAACCGUACCUGAAGAUUCGGGAUCUUCACAUUCAGAUUCUGAUUCUUCUUCCCGACCCAACGCAUACGUGUCUGACUUACCGGAGAUGCAGGCUUUUCAGGUCGAAUCACAACCAGCUCAACAAGGAUAUGAUCAAUAUUCGGCUCAACCAAUGUCUGAUUCCGAUCAAAGUCAUACAAUGGUGAGUGUGGCAGAUGAUAAUGACCUUCGACCAACGCCGUCUGUUUAUACGGCACCGCAGUUAUAUGAUGAUCAAGAAAGAUAA